AUGACUUCAGCAAGAAUAAAGAUAAAUGAAAUUAGAUUUCUGGUUUGUGUAGUCUUACCCGUGCUCCUGGAGCGGGGUCGAGGUUCUGACCAGAGCUUUGAUCCGGCUAUAGCAAUUGACAUGCCGAUUUGGGAACACCCUGAAGACGUGAUCGACUCCUCCCUCGUGUCGGAAACAGCAGCAGGAUUCCAGCAGCAAGACGGUGGCCACUACUAUCACUACCAGCAGCACCACCAACACUACCAACAAGACGACAGAAGCCAUGACCACGACGCACAAGCGGCACCACUAAUUGACGUCGAUCAAGCAGUGGUGCUGAUUGAUGGAGUGAGGGAGGAUGAAGAGGAAGAAGAUGAUGAUGAACGAUCGCCACUAUUAGGUGGUAAUGAAUGUGAUGGUGUUGCAGGACUGUCAUUACCUCUCAACAUGUCCAGAAGAGCAUCGUCUCAUAUCGGGCUGUUGAUGGAGAAUGGUGAGACACAUCAGAGCAUGGAGACCACUGUUGCUAAUUUCCUCCGUUCCAAGUCUGAUUCCUGUCACCUGGCUUCUACCCUCACCACCUCCAGCCCAGGAGACACUGACCGCUUGCUGGACGGUGCUGAGACUAUGAUGACCACUGAUCCAGAGCUCCGAGACGUCGCUAACCACUUCGUUACCGAGAUACUCACUCGAGCUCAACUCGAAGCCAGUAAAAAGCUCCCCACCACCACGGACAAGGUUGUGCUUGACGCUGACAAGCUCAAGUCAGACGAGAGACUGAUGGAAGUGGUCCGCAGGUUCGUGUCCGACAUUAUGACCAAAGCCAAGGCUGAAGCCUGGGACAGUAUGCGGCAAAUACAAACUAAUAACAAUAACGUACUGACAGUCAAGGUAGGAUCACCUUUCUUAUAUGCACGGAAUCAAUCCUGAUUUUAAUCCUGCAUCUUGCAUUGCCCGAGAGGCAAUAUCCACCAUAUUUUGCAUCUUGCAACCUCAAGCGAUAUUUUUGUAAUCUUACCACGCACCUGGGUGAUUUUACCGUUUUCUUUUUUUGGGUUCCAAUGUGGCCAUAAGCCGAAAAAUAUAGCAAUAGAUUUUUUUUAUCUUAAGAAUUCACAUAAAUGAGACUUUUUCAAGUGUUUGAUUAAGUUUCUUGUAGGUAAAACUUUGUAAUAAUUAAAUGGUCUCUUGUCUGCCUUUCUAAAUCAUAUUACAUUGGACCCUCGAAUUUCGUAAUCCAUUUUCUGUGUGUAAAACUAUAGUUAUACUCUAUAAAAUUUAUUUUUUCUUUAUAUUUCCCAUAAGAAAAAAUGUAAAUCCAAUAAAUCCAUUCCAAACACCCAAAAAUAUUAACAAAAAACAAAUUUUAUGGAGA